AUGGUUGCCUCAACGUCCAAUCGAGCCAAAGAUUUCCAGCCUUACAUCCCAACGAAAGACCACCCACGGGUACGCGGGCUGGAUGAUUUAGAUCCUUAUGUGUACUCUAAGGCCAUCACCGAAUCUGACGCCGCAAAGGGCGUCUUGGCCUUGUGGAAGCAGAGAUUGGACCAACCAUUCUAUGGAGUCACGAGUGAUGGUAAAAAGAAAGAACGAAUCUUCCGGUUGCAAGACGAAGGAGCACCAACGGCAGCAGUGGUUACAGCAGCGGAUGCCGUGUUAGCAUCUUUCACGGAGCUGGAGCGAGCCAAGGCAACGUACGAUUUGGACGAUCCGGAAUGGCGGAAAUGGAUCAACCCAGAAUUUAUCGCGUACGACGUCGGAGUGCGCCUAGAGCAAUUGGCUCUAGAAGGCCAGAGACUCAUAAUGGAGCUAUUGAGAGCGUCUCUUAGCCGAGAAGGCUAUGAGAAAGUCACCGGCUCUAUCAAAACCAACGUUUUCCUCGGGAAGAUAUGUCAUGCCCGGUCGAUUUUGACUGCAGGGAGCUAUUUUUUGGCAUUCUACGGACACCCUUCAACCACUGAGCCCUGGGCAUUCAGCUUCUUUGGGCAUCAUACUUGCCUCAACUUUUUCUUUUUAUCCCAGCAAAUGACGAUCAGCCCUUUUUUCAUUGGCGCUGAGCCGAACAUCAUUGACGAGGGCCCGGACAAGUGCCUACAGAUUUGUGUUCGCGAGGAGGAAAGAGGCCUGGCUCUCAUGCAAUCCCUGCCACCUGAGCAGCAAGCGAAAGCCCAAGUCUACAAAUUGAUGCACGACCCGGCCAUGACGCCAGACCGAUGGAACCCGGCUGACCAACGCCAUCUCGGAGGUGCAUUCCAAGAUAAUCGAAUCAUUCCGUAUGAAGGUCUGUUGGUGUCGACAAUGUCGGAACAUGACCAAGAAGCGGUCGUUCAGGUCGUGGCGAGCUUCCUGGAAAUCCUUCCAGGUUCGGUGCUGCAAGCUCGUCUGCGACAGGUAAGAGAUCACCUUGACGAGACGUACUUCUGCUGGAUUGGUGGAUAUGGAGACGAAGAUGCCUUCUACUACCGGAUACAGAGCCCGGUCGUCUGCGCAGAGUUCGACCAUCAUUCUGGUGUCUUCUUGACUAAUCAGGAGCCUAUGAAAUACCACAUCCACACGGUGUUCAGGACACCCAACGGCAAUGACUAUGGGAGGGAGUGGUUGGCAAUGCAAAGAGAACCAAAAAAAAGGCAGGCUGCAUCCAAUGAUAGUUGA